AUGUUCUGCCUCGAUUCUUCCCACCAAGACCUCCUGGUCCAUAUGCGCCGCGCCUGCGAGUUCAUUGAAACCUCACUUGCCCAUGGCGGAGUUCUGGUGCAUUGCGUACAGGGUGUCUCGCGUUCCACAACGUUUGUGAUUGCGUAUCUGAUGCGCCGGGACCGGCGCGGUUUGGACGAGGUGUUGGCGGAUGUGAAAUUGAAACGGAAAGUGCGACCGAGCGAAAAUUUCAUGAUGCAGCUGGGUUUGUGGGGUCAGAUGGAAUAUGAAAUCUGGGAAGACGAGGAGAAGAAGGUGCCGAAAGCGCCGUAUGCGAAGCUGUUGAAAGAAAAGGGUUUGACGGCGGUGCUGCCUCUGAGCGCGGCGGAGAUCGCGUUUGGGUUUAAAAGACUUUGGUGA